CAUACUCAAAAACUGUACCACCUUAUAAAACCCUCAAAAUCCUCAAACUUAGAUGACCAUAGAGAUACACACUGUCAGUCUUUCUUUUUUACUUACUGAGUGAUCAUUUUACACACGGACACCAGCCAUGGCCAACACACAGACAAAAACUGUGGAUGUCUUUAAAUCUGUUGUCUACAGGAUUCCUGCUCUUUUCUACGAGACAGAAAGUAACACUCUUCUAGCCUUUGCAGAGCAGAGGGAGACAGAAGCUAAUUGCACUGCGAAAGAGCUGGUUAUGAGAAGAGGAACACUGAAAGAUGAAUCCCCUGGUGUGAAGACAAUUGAGUGGUCAGAGCUCAAAACAGUGGUGGAAAAGGCAAAACUUGACAACUACCGUCCUCUGAACCCCUGCCCAGUGUUUGAGAAGAACACGAAAACACUUUUCCUGUUUUUCAUUUGCGUUGAAGAUCGUGUGGAAGAGCAAUGGCAGAUAAAAAACCGCACCAACAAGGCCCGUCUCUGCUACAUUACAAGCGAGGAUCUUGGACAAAACUGGAGUGAAGUGACAGAUUUGACAUACACACUGGGCGAAAUUAAGAACUGGGCCACAUUUGCUGUUGGGCCAGGCCAUGGUCUUCAAAUGAAGAAGGGUAGAUUGAUUGUUCCUGUCUAUGCUUAUGUUUGCAGCAGCUCAAGCAAGUCUAAUGAGGCUACUUCAUAUGCAUUCGCCCUGUACAGUGAUGAUAGGGGCAGCACAUGGAAGUUAGGCCAAAUGCUUCAAACACAAUCAGGGGAAUGUCAAAUGGCAGAGAUUUUUGAUGGAGACUCCAAAAGCUCCAUCUACUGCAAUGCCCGUAGUCGGGGAGGCUGGCGAGUGGAAGCUGUCAGUGAAAAUGGUGGAGCUGAUUUUCCCACAUUGAGCAAUGCUACAAAGCUUGUUGAAACUGAUUCAGGUUGUCAGGGAAGUGUGGUCUCAUUUCCAGCUCAAGAUGAAGGUGCAGAGGGUGACCCAAAGUGGCUGCUUUACACUCACCCAAGCAACAAGUCCAAAAGGACUGAUUUAGGAGUGUAUGUGAGCAAAUCCCCAAAGGAUCCAAGUAAGUGGAGCAAACCCUGGAUCAUUAACAGUGGACCCAGUGGUUACUCAGACCUGGCUUACAUUGGUAAUGGUUGGUUUGCAUGUCUGAUGGAGUGUGGGGUGAAGAAAGAAACAGAGCAGAUAGCCUCUGUGGUUUUUAGCUACAAGGACAUCAAGUCAGGCAUUGGACAGUAAAUAUCCAUUGUCUUUGAUUGACAAGACAUGACUCUGUUGUUAUACCAUAAAUUACAUUUUUCUUCCACAUAUGGGACUUCAAAGUAACCUGCUGUUUAAUACAAGUAAUGCUACUGCACUGAAACCCUAUUUACAACUGAUGAAUAUAUUACAUGCUGGAAAAUUAUUCACAAUCAAAGUUAUAUUUACAUGCCAUAUUCGCUAAAAUGAUUAACAACCAUUUACAAAUACAGUUAACCUUGAGUUGCUUACAUUUUCAUUUUGUUUUGAUUUUCAUUUCAGCUCUAACAACCACAACACUUAUGUAUAAUACUGCGCUGACAUUUUACUGUACUUCUCAAAUGUGUAUUUACAAAGAUGCUACAUUUACCCAGAGGUUGUGUUGUUUAUAAAAUGUAAAGAGUAAAAUACAUUUUGACAAAUAAAUUGAGUUUUAAGAACUUUCACAACUAAUUAGGUGAUGGAAACAGCAGGAAAAGUACUUCCUGUUUUUUGUUGAUAUUUAACACCAUAGCCAUUGUGGCAAACAUGUUGUCAUUCAUCAACAUCACCUAAUUAUAUAAGAAUAAAUGCUUAGUUUCAGUCAGGGAAUGUUUGAGAAACCAUAAUAAAAGUAAUCACAUUGACUAUCAGUAAGAAACUGUUGUUCCUCUUUUUCAUGGGAGGAUGAUCUCGACCAGACCAGAAACUGAAACAUUUUCACUUUUUACCUUAUUUUAAUUGGGUAUAACUGGAAUUACUGAGAUGUUUAAUUGUCAAAAUAGACUGGAAAUUUUUGUUUAUUUGACCUUUUCUUGUGACAGUUGUGACAAACUUAAAAUGCGCUGCAGUGUGCUGAAACACAUUUUAAGGCUUUGUGUGUGUUUGCAUUAUGAUAUAUUGAUUUGUUUGUUUGAAUCCUGGUUAUUUCUAAUUGUACUUUUACAUUUACUAUAUACAAUGGCACAUGUUCUUUGAAUACAAGUAAAUAAUAAAAACAAUAUAAUCUAACGUAUGUUGUUGCCACCUGAUUAUAAUUCCCAUAGUUCAACAC